AAUAAAAUUGGAUAUGAUAUGAGUUAUUUAGAAAUGAAGUGAGCCCAUGUUGUCUGCUGUGAGGAGUAGGGGAACUAAAUGGGGAGCCUGAGGAGUUCAGUCAGUGCUUUAAACAUGUGUCAGUCUCUAAAACAAUGAUGUUUCUAAGAUCAGUUAUGAUUACGUUCUUACUAAAAUUUAGACUAUCUAGUCCAGCGUCCAAACACCUACUCACUUCUUAAAGAAUAUUCUCCUGAAGGCUGAACAACAGAGUGAGACUUCGUCUCAAAAAACAAACAAACAAAAGAAUAUUCUUCAGCAUUUGUCCUAUAUAUUAAUGAGAAAAGAUGGAAAGAUACAUAAGAGGGAAAACAUGAUUUUUCUUCUGUGCACCAAGAUAAAAUGUACUAAUUACAUUUUUUUUUGUUUCUAUUCAGCAUUCCAGUAUUGAUGAGGCACUGGGAAUUCUUAUGCAGAACUGAAAUUCCUUCGAAUGAGUUUGACCCUCAGAAGCCCUUGCCAGUAUGUCUUCAGCCAAUAGCUCAUGUAUUCACCCCUCAUCCUUCCUGCUGCUGGGAAUCCCAGGACUGGAAAAUAUACAUUUCUGGCUUGGCUUCCCAUUUGGUAUAGUGUAUCUGGUUGCCCUCCUAGGGAAUGCCAUCAUCCUAUCUGUGAUCCAGUUGGAGUGCAGCCUUCACCAGCCCAUGUUCUACUUGUUGGCCAUGUUGGCUCUGACUGAUUUGGGCCUGUCCACUGCCAGCAUUCCUAAAAUGCUGGGCAUAUUCUGGUUUGGCUUCAAUGAGAUUGCCUUUGGGGACUGUUUAGUGCAAAUGUUCUUCAUACACCUCUUCACAGGCAUUGAAACAUUCAUGCUUGUAGCCAUGGCUUUUGAUCGCUACGUUGCCAUUUGCCACCCUCUUCGAUACAACGCGAUCCUCACCAACAGAGUAAUUUGUAUUAUUGCUGGAGUAGGAAUAAUGAAAAAUUUUGUUUUGGUUUUUCCACUUAUAUUUCUCCUUUUAAGGCUUUCAUUCUGUGGACAUAAUAUUAUACCGCAUACCUACUGUGAGCACAUGGGCAUUGCCCGCCUGGCCUGUGUCAGCAUAAAGGUCAAUAUAUUAUUUGGAUUGAUCCUUAUCUCUAUGAUACUUUUGGAUGUAAUUUUGCUUGCUCUCUCCUAUGUAAAGAUUCUCCAUGCUGUCUUUAAACUUCCAUCCUGGGAGGCCAGGUUCAAAGCUCUCAAUACCUGUGGCUCCCAUGUGUGUGUAAUAUUAGCUUUCUUCACUCCAGCCUUUUUCUCCUUUAUGACUCAUCGAUUUGGCCACAAUAUUCCACGUUCUACCCAUAUCCUCCUGGCUAAUUUAUAUGUGAUUAUCCCCCCUGCUCUUAACCCCCUUAUUUAUGGGAUAAGAACCAAGCAGAUCCGAGAUCGAGUAGCAGUGAUCUUUUUUUUUAAGGAAGUUUGCCUUUGAAUACUUGAUCUGAUGAUAGCCUUCAAAUCUUUCCUUUGCAUUCUUAAAAAAGGGAAAUUUAAUUGUCAUCAAGUUCCA